AUGGCUGGUUUUCACCCCAAUUUUAGUCAAAAUCGGCUAGUAAGGCAUCAUGUUACACAGGCCAGUGCUGAGACAGCGCUUCCUGUGACGACACAACGUGAAAGAGAUACGCUCAAUGUUCUAGCCGCAAGGAAUUCUAAGAAGGAGAAUACUUCUGCAGUCUCGUGUAACUGGAGGUGGUAUAAGUCAUUUAAAUCCAAAUUGCACGAGAUUUAUUCGAAAAAUAAUAUGGAAAACAAACCGCGUCUACCAAUAGACACACACAAAUCUGGAUUUGUAUACGAAGAAUUUCAGAACCCAGACAGAGAUCGAGCUAUCACGGGAACAUUCCAGCAGGGCUUUGCAUGGGGAGCAGCCACAGCAGCUUAUCAAAUAGAAGGGGCCUGGGACGAGGAUGGCAAAGGUACUAGUAUUUGGGAUACGUUCUCCCACCAUGAAGGCAAUAUCUAUGGCAACCAUAAUGGGGAUAUUGCUUGCGAUAGUUACCAUAAAAUAUACCAAGACGUAGAACUCAUGAAACAACUUGGGUUGACACACUACCGUUUCUCCAUAUCAUGGCCGCGUAUUCUGCCAGACGGUACCAAUAAGGCAAUCAACCAAGCUGGUAUUGAUUACUAUCGGGAAUUAAUCGAUGCAUUGUUGGAAGCCAACAUUAAACCUAUGGUUACUCUGUACCACUGGGAUCUUCCACAGGCACUGCAGGAUAUAGGUGGAUGGGAAAACGACAUGAUUGUUGUAUAUUUCAAUCAAUAUGCCGAUGUAUGUUUCCGAGAAUUCGGAGAUAAAGUGAAGCUAUGGAUUACGUUGAACGAGCCAUACGUGGUCGCCGUAGCUGGAUAUGAAGAAGGGAGAUUCGCUCCAGGAUUUGCUCACCAGGGCACUACCGUCUAUCGCGUCGGGCAUAAUCUCCUCAAGUCACAUGGCGCUGCCUGGCAUACGUACGACGCGAAGUACCGUAAAUCACAACGUGGGGUUGUCGGAAUAUCAUUAAAUUCACGGUGGGUUGAAGCGGAGACGGGAUCGGCGAUGGAUUCCAAGGCUGCUGAUCGGUUCUUGCAGUUCAAGCUUGGGUGGUUCGCGAAUCCUAUCUUCGGCAACGGCGACUAUCCGGAAAUAAUGAAGACGAAAAUCGCCAACAAAAGCCGAGCACAGGGAUUAACGUCAUCAAGGCUUCCGAGUUUAAGUAAAGAGGAGCGACUGCUUCUUUCGGGGAGCGCCGAUUUCUUGGGAAUCAAUUACUACACCUCGAAGAAAAUACGCCACCAAGAGACCAAACUGUUCCCACCCGGGUAUGAAUCUGAUAUGGAUGUAUUGUCGUGGCUUGAUGACGCAUGGCCAAAGAGUGGCGCCGAUUGGUUGAGACAUACCCCAUGGGGACUACGAAAACUGUUACAAUGGAUGAAAGAAGAGUACAGCAAUCCAGUCAUUUAUAUCACCGAGAACGGAGUGCCUGAACACAGUGAUACACAAGCAAUGUUAAACGACACAUGGCGAUCUAAGUAUUACUUGUCACAUAUAAACGAAACACUCAAAGCUUGGAAAUUAGACGGUGUCAACAUUGCUGGUUAUUUUGCGUGGUCGUUGCUUGAUAACUUCGAAUGGGCGGAUGGAUAUGCUACUCGAUUUGGUCUGCACUUCGUUCACUUCGACGACCCCGACAGACGGCGACAGCAAAAGGCAUCCGCCAAGGUAUAUGCAGAAAUAAUACGGAACAACGGAUUUCCGGUAGAGAACUCAGAAAUGUAGUGCGGACAUGCAAGCUGUGAAAUGCAAUGAGAAGACUCGUCACCAGCGCAGUCAUGAAAAUAAUACUACUAUAAUAUCCAAUGCGACGCCACGACUAAAUAAUACGUGAUAUAUGUAAAUUAGUAUUCCGCAAAAUGCCCAACGACUCGCCAGACACAACUAUGCUAUACUGAAUUGCAUGUAUCGUCAUUAUUACACACACAAUAGUUUCAAGAGUUGUACGUUGCGCCCUCAAGCGUUUGAAUAUCGUAGAUUUGUCAGUUCCGUUACUAUUAUAAAUACUGCUAACAUUAGCUGACAAUUUAAGCGGAUUGGGUGACAUAGAUAACUCUAUUACACUUAUUCACAUCUCGGUGUGUUUUACUUCUUAGCAUUCACCACCUGUAAUAAC